ACAGACGAAGAGUUUAUGACCAUUAUGCGAACUAUAAUUGGAAUGGAUGCUAAGACGAAAUCAACAAGGGAAGCAAAGCUGGAUCUUUUAUCACUCUCUGCUCACAUAACUAGAAACAAAGCCAGUAAUGUAGAAGGAAUCACUAAUCUGUAA